UUUUAUUUUCCUUUAUCGGUUCAGCCAGAUUGACCUGCGGAGUAACGUGCACUAAUAUUAGAACAAAUUUCAUUAAAGCGUUUACUUGCUGCUUAAAUUAAGCAAUAUUUAUAAGUUUUAUUCGAUGCGUAGGUAUUGCUAUACUACUCUAAAUGCGCAAAUAAUUUCAAAGUGAGAAAAAAAUACACGGAUUCUGCUAGAAAUUAGCAUCGGUGUUGGCGUUGGCGUUAGGCUAAUCAAAGAUGGAAGAGAUAAAGAAUAUUGCGCUGGGCAUAUUUUACGGCUUGUGGGAUAGCAUCAAAGGGAUGACAUUGUUACUACAUAUUGAUGAAGAGAUUCACAAAAUAAAUGCCGAGAAGGAAGCUGAGAAGCAGCGUCGCAUUCGAGAGAGAGAACGCCGCAUGCAUCGCAGUCCAUCGCCAACACCUUCGUCAGCUGCGGCAAUGGCUCGAGAGGAGUUGCGAGAUCUUUUGCAGUUAAGUGAGCCAGAAAAACCAGACGAACGCAGUUUAAAUAGUAUACUCAAACGUGCAAAAGAGAAUGAACAGAGUGAACCAAAACCGGAAAGAAAAAUUGCAAAGCAGGUUCUAAGAUGCUGCCUUCUAAAUGCUGGUUUUACAUGGCUGAGUAUCAUUUUGUUUGAACAUCUAAUUUUGCCAUCGAUUAGAUUUUGUUUAAGCUUACUUUACGGCAACCAUACGUCUGAUCUAAAUGUUGUGUGGGGUUGGGUGCAACCAAUACUAUCGAUUGUGUUCGGAAUGAUGUGGAUAUUGCCCAUCUUUCUGCUAAGCAAAAUUGUCAGCUCUCUGUGGUUUACAGAAAUCGCCAAUGCUGCUUAUCGCGUGCGUAAAGGGCCACCGCAGUUGAUACCCAAUAUCAGCAAGCUAAUUGCAGAUUUUCUAUUCAAUUUGAUGGUGCAGGCAUUUUUUCUAAUGCAGAGCACGUUUGUCAGCUUUUUGCCUCUACCCUACAUAGCCAAGGCUUUAUACUUUUUACACCUAAGUCUACUCUAUGCGCUAUAUUCGUUUGAGUACAAAUGGUUCAACAUGGGUUGGGAGUUACAUCGUCGCCUUAGCUACAUCGAAAACAACUGGCCAUAUUUUUGUGGUUUUGGCAUACCGUUGACAAUACUUACCAACAUGAGCAGCUCCGUCAUUGCAAACAGCUGUAUAUUCAGCAUCUUUUUUCCGCUUUUCAUAUUGAGUGGCAACGAGGCCAUACCCAUCGUCGGCACCACAAAAUAUCCUCUGCGCCUCUUUACGCCUGUGAUUUUCGUAUCGAACUUAUUGUUUACGCGUGGACGUCCUGCAAAGUUGACUGCCGCCAAGUUGGCACAACAAAAGAAGCAACUGUUAAUGCAGCAGGAAAAACAACUCCAACAGCAUAUGUUGCUGCAACAGCGCAUCGAAGAGGAAUAUAUAGGUCGCAGUUACAGUCGCCAACCAGAAAAGGAAAUCACUGAGGAAUCACAUCAUCUAUUACAGCGUCAGCAAUCCCACUCGCCGUCGCUAACCACAGGACCAUAUCGCUACCAACAGCCGCCAUCACAACCGCGCGUACCAUCGACAAUGCACGCUACUAAUGCUUUCCUUGAUCGUGACCAUUUCAUGGGCGGCAUGCCACCAAUCAUGCCUACAAUAAGGCCUAGAGCUCCAUCAUCUGCCAGCUCGUCGGCACACUCGGCGCAAACAGUUCUUCGCAGGUAGUCGAACAAUUUUGUUUUAAAUUUAAGAUUUGUGCAGCUGGCGAUUACAAAAUGUGAACGACUUAACAAAUUGACUGCUGCAAAAUCAGCGAACUUUAACUGAAUUUCAUUCAUAUGGACUUUAAAGUGUGAUCAUUAUCGUUUAGUUUCGGUUUAGGUAUAUACUACAUACCUACAUACACAUAAGAUAAGGAACGCUUUAUAUGCUUGUUUCGCUAUAAGUAAUUAUAUAAGUAAUAAUUACCCCUUUCAUUUAGCAAUCCUGAUAUUGACAUUGACUCGAGCAUACAAAAAAUGUAUUUUGUAGAUGCUUAUUCUUUAUAUGUAUAUUUAAACGCAUAUUUUCGCAAAUUAGGUAUAAAAUGUAUAUCGUAACAUAAACAAAUCGGACAAUUUUUUACUGUCGCACGUUUUAUAUAAGUAUAUACAUACAUACAUACAUGUGGAAACGCGCAAUGAAUAAUUUGAAUAAAUUGCAAUAAAUCAACUUUUUUUAAAAUA